AUGCCCCCUGUGGCUGUAUGCGAGUUGCUGGUGGGCGGCAUGACCUGUGCUGCUUGCACGGGAGCAGUUCAAGGCAGUUUGAUCAAAUGCCCCGGAGUCUUCCAAGUCCAAGUGGACCUUUUAAGGGAAACUGCACGCGUUGCCUACAAUAGCGAGAUGAUCACCCCCGCUGAACUCUGCCAGGCAGUCGAGAACCUGGGUUUCCAAUCACAAGUCCUACAGAUAUUCGUGGCUAGCAACGCCAACCCGUCAGAUGAAAGCAGCGAGGAAACCACAGCACGCACUGCAGAGCCUACCACUCCCAACGAUGAGCGGAGGGAGACUUUGAAAAGGCAACUCUCUAAGGGACCGCAAGCAGAUGCAUGCCAAGAGGAGAAGGCGGAGCUGCGGCUCCCACAGUGCCAAGAGCCAGCGAAGCAAGCACAGGAUUUCAGUGAGCUUUGGGCCAUGUCAAAAGCCACUCUCCGCCUUGCAAUAGCAGAUCGUCAAGGUCUAUCUGCCGAGUCCGCCUGUAGCACAUUGAGAACCAUCAAGGGAGUGCUGGGCUGUGCAGUCACCUCGUUCAGAGGUGUCGAAGCGCAUUGUGCAAAGCAGCUGAUGCUGACUUAUAAACCCCAAGUGGUGGGGGCUCGCGAGCUGCUCCUUAUGUUAGUUGCUCAAGGCUUUAGUCCGUUCAUCCUCUCUGAAGACCCCCUUGAGAAGCAGGCGAGAAUGCCCACCGCCGCUCGGUAUUCCCUCUCGUUCGACUUGCAAACUGCAGACGUUCUCGAAGAAACGAUGACAGCAGUCAUGCAUCCGUGCGGGAUGCGCUUGUCGACCCUCCUGCUGCUGCUGCUGGCGACCCCUGUCCAGUUCUACGGGGGUCGCAGCUUCCACAGAGCGGCUUUGAAGGGCCUGCGGCAUCGACAGUUCAGCAUGGAAUUCCUCGUGUCUCUCGGGAGCAACUUGGCCUUUUUCUACUCCGCCCUCUCGUGCAUGCAGUCAGCAGCAACGAGCGUGUGGUGCCGGCCCCUGCUGUCUGCAGUGGACGUUGCAGCAGCAGCAGCAGCAAGCGCUGGAGCCCAUGGCCCCGCCAGCCACAAAACAAGCCAAUUUUAUGAACUCUUUGAGAGGGCAGAGCCUCAGGUUUUCUUAGAUACCUGUGUAAUGCUUAUCUGCGUCGUCCUCCUCGGCAAGUUGCUGCAGCUGCGAGCAAAGGAGCGGAUUCUGGAGCAGCUCCACAGCCUCCACCGCCUGCAGGCCCGCACGGUGCAUUUGGUGCUGCGCUCUCCAGACGCUGCAGUUGCGCGUUGCCUGCAACAGUCUUCUCCGCAGUCUUCUUGUGCAAAAAGAGAGGAAGAGGGGGGCAGAAGCACCAGCUGCAACAACAAUAGCAACAAGAACAAGAACACGAACAAGAACAACAGCAAUAACAACAGGAACAACAACCACUGCUCGGGGCCCAGUGGCUUGCUGGAACUAGCAACCCUUUUUGCCGCCGACUCGUCGGACGAUGUUCUGAGCCCUCCCCCCCCACCUUUGCGGUGGUGGCAGAAGGUGGCAGCUGCCUGUGGAAUGCAGGCAGGAAGAUAUUUAAAUGCUUACAACCCGCUCACUCAACCCGCUUCUUGCAGUCUUGGAGACGAAGGAGACGAGACCGCAGACGGCCGGAAGCCCUCCUCCUGCUGCAGCAAAAGGGCAGAUCUCUUACAACGAAAGAAAAUAGCAGAAGCAUCAAAAGCAGAAGACGCAGCGAGGAAGACUGCGGAUGAAGUCAUCAUCAGCGCAGAGUUGCUGCAAGCGGGGGACGUGGUGAGGGUCCCGCCCCAGGAAGUGUUGCCAGCUGACGGAAUUCUACUGGCUCCCCAGGUACUCCACGUUGACGAACGCCUAGUUUCAGGAGAGGGACGAGGGAUCUGCAAGCUGGCAGGACAGCGAGUCAUUGGGGGCAGCAGGAACGCCUCGCAUGCAGAUGCCUUCAUUCAAGUGCAGGUGGUCGGCGAUGCUUCCGUACUGCAGACGUUGCUGCGACUAGUGCAGACGGGGCAGCAGCAGCAACAGCCGCUGCAGAAGGCUGCCGAGAAGUUUGCUGCUUACUUCAUCCCUAUCGUGUUGUGCAUCACUGCUACAGCAGCAAUUGUUUGGGCCGUGAGAGUCUUCGCUACAGCAGACACGCUUCCGCUGUCUCCCCUGCAGCAGAUACGGCAGCGCUUGCUGGAACUGGAACUCAGGGAGGGCUUAUCAGGCAGCCAGGUGCAGCAGCAGUUGCAGCAACAGCUGCAGCAGCAGCAGCAUUUCGAAUCCCACGGGAAUUUCUUAACAGCAGCUGGUCCACUGCGCUCCGCCCCCACCUCCUCACCUGUAGAGGCCCCUCCUGUCUCUUCGCACGCAGCAGCUGCAGCUGCUGCUGCAUGCCGCCUCUCCAAUUGGGUGUUGACUUGGGACAGCCUGUUGUUUGCUUUGCGUUUCGGUGUGGCCGUCUGCUGUGCUGCCUGCCCGUGCGCUAUCGGGCUCGCUGCUCCUGCUGCUGUGGCGGCCGCCACUGCGGCAGCAGCAGCACGAGGAGUCUUCUUUAAAACCGGAAAAGCCCUCGAAGCCGCAGCAAACGUGAACUGUCUCGUCGUUGAUAAGACAGGAACCCUCACCACCGGCGACCUGCGAGCGGCUGCAUGCGUGUUGCACAUUAAACAUCUGGAGCAGCUUCUGCUGCCGGCAAUGGAGAGGAGCACCAACGCCCUCAAGGCUUUCGUACCCCAUUGCAAGACAAACAGCGACACCUGCGGGAGCGCGAGUAGCGCCAGUGGGGCCACUAACGAUAUCAAGAGAGCCGUGUGCUGCAGAAGCAGCAGCAGCACAAGCACUCCCCGCAGCAGCAACACAAGGACCAGCGAAAGCUUACCAUCACCUUCCGACAGCAUCAGCGGCUCUGUGGCCUCCGAGUCCAUCAUCAGUCUUGAAGUCGCCGCUCCUCCUUCAGCCGACACCGUUGCAGCUGGAGAAGACAGAUUCUCCCCCCCUCCUUGCUGCAGAAGGCAACCUCAAGGCAGUAGCGGCAGUCUUGAGAGGAACUGUGGUGCUCCCCUUGCCUUUUGCAGACUCGAUGCACUUUGGGAGGCGCCAGAAGAAAACAGCAGUAGCAGCUGCUGCAGCAGCACCUCCAGCAGUAGCACCAUCCCCUGCAGCAGCAGCACCUCCUGCAGCAGCAACGGGUCUGCGCAUGCGAAUUUGGAGCGUGAGAGCUCUCCCAAGUGUUCCACCUGGCACAACAACAGCAGCAACAGCAGCAGCAGUGCGGGUGUGUACGAAGCUGAGGACUUGCGAGGGGAGUCUGUGGCGUCUGCUGCAACGGGCUGCUUCCUUUGGGCUUUGAGCUCUCUGGAGCAGGGAAGCAGCCACUCGGUAGGGGAGGCCCUGGUGCAAGCGUACGACAGGUGGCGGCGGCUGCAUCAGCAGCGGGCUGUUGUGAAUGCCUCUGAGAGCCGCGAGGGUUUGGGUGUCUGGGCAGCAACUGCUGCUGUGCGGUGCCUGCCGCCGCCUCAGUCUUGUGAACAGCCUCAGCUGCUGUCUCGGGGUAUUGAGGGGUAUAUCCAAACAAGAGAUAACCUCCGCCUGCGUCUGCGCGUCUCUGCAACUUCACCAGAAGACGAGAAACGAAACAACAACGAUGAUACCUCUCCACAAAAAGAAAAACUUGGGGCAGAAGAAACACUACAGCUGCAGGAGUGGACCACUUGGCACGAGCUUCACUGCGGACCAGUGGUCCACUUGCAUGCGUAUGUGGCUGCUGAUGGCGAGAGUUGCGGGGUUUCUUUGGGGACGGGAUGGGUGUGGUUGGGGUCGGUGGCUCUCCAGGAUGAAAUUAAAGAGGAGACAAAACUUGCAGUACAGUACCUGCGUAAAUGCCUCGGUUUCUCUAUCUUCAUGUGCACUGGCGACAACCCAAGGACAGCCUCCCGCGUGGGGGCUGCGCUCAACAUCCCCGAGGAGUGCGUCGUGUCUCAGCAGACACCAGAGGACAAAGUGCGCUUUCUCCGUUCUCUAGCGAAGACAGACACCCCACAGAUUGCCACCAGCCCUACCGUCACCAGCGGCAACAGCAGCAGCACGACUGCGCUGCUUAGGAGGGAGAGGGAGGAACCACCAGUCUGCUGCAUGGUGGGGGACGGGUUGAAUGAUUCUCCCGCUUUAGCCGAGGCUGCCUUAGGGGUGGCCUUUGGAGUGGGCAAUGCGCUGCCGCUGGCAGCUGCUGCAGUGGCGGUAGGGGGACGCAGCUGGACGGAGCUCGUUGAUCUUUUCCGCAUAGCGCGGCAGACACGCAACAUCAUUUGGUGGAAUCUUCUGUGGGCCUGUGUUUUUAACCUGGUUUCGGUGCCGCUUGCUGCUGGAGUGGCGUACCCUACGGUGUCUCUACAUCCUGCUGCAGCAGCGGCAGCCAUGGCCUGCAGCUGCUUGCUGGUGCUGCUGAAUGCACAGCGCCUGACUCGAUUCAAGGAGACAACUGCGGAGGAUAUGGCACGCGAGCUUGCCAAGGCAGCUACUACUGAGACAGAGACUGAAAAAGAAAGAGAAGAACACGCAGAAAAGUCCCCUCAAAGCGCCACCUCACUGCAGCUGCAAGAUGAAGAAGAAACCUGUCCUCCUUUUGCUCACGCCUUCGGAGAAGACCUCCUAUCGCUUUCUUCUGCUGAUACUCUUGCUGCGGCGAGCUGCUGCCAGCAAGAAACAGCUCAGUCGCACUGCAUCAGACCUCUUGAUCUGCCCUUGAGAAAACCAGACGGGACCUUCUUCGAGUUCUCGGACUUUGAAAAUUAA